AUGGGGACGCCCCCGCCUCCCGGCCAGGUCUUUGCGUUUUUUGUCAACUUCUUCUUUCCCGCGCUAGCACUCGUCAUCGUCUGCAUUCGCGUGGCCGGCCGGUUAGUGGCGAGGCAGUUCGCCGCGGAUGACUGGCUUGUAUGUGUCGCCAUGUUCAUGUCGGUGGCGGAGACUGUCAUUAGCUUUUUUUUUAUCAAGACCAACUUCAUCGGCAUCCCAGCGGAAAAGAUUCCACCCCAUGACCCAACGGAGGGUCUGAUAUGGUCUUACGCCGUCCAGAUUCUGUACAACCCCAUCCUCGCCUUGGUCAAGUCGUCGGUCUUGAUUUUCCUCUCUCGGAUCUUCGGUCAGAAGGACUGGGUCCGGCGGUUCUUGCUAUGGCUCAAUGUCGUCAACAUCUCCCAGAUGGUCGGUGUGUUCUUUGCUAUCAUUCUGCAAUGCACGCCAGUUGCGUUCAACUGGGACCUUACCAUUCCGGGUGGCCAUUGUGUUGAUCGUCGGGUGUUAUAUCUGCUCACCGCGGCGUUCAACAUCCUGACGGAUAUCUUGAUCAUGGGGUUACCGGUGUGGAUCUUUUGGGGGCUCCGGAUACCGAAGCGCACCAAGAUCGCGCUGUUGGUUAUAUUUGCCCUUGGUCUCUUGGUGACUAUUACAUCGAUUGUCCGCAUGAUCCUGCUAGUUCAGGGGCUCUUCAGCAUUCCCAUAUUUCCCAACUCCUCCAACAACGUUGGGUUCGUCAUCUCAGCCGUCGAAACAAACCUCGCGCUCAUCACCGCCUCGGCGCCAGCUCUCCGUCCCAUCUUCCGUUCACGCGAACGCGGCGGUUGGUUCGCUCGUAGCGUCAUGGCUACUAACCGAAAUAACACCACCACCACUCGUGACCCGGAGAUGGGCCAGAAGUCCAUCGGCUGGGACCGUGAAGCGAUGUCCAUCGUCAAUAGCGGUGUCGGUGCAAGUAAAUUUGGUCGGGGCGGCAGCCGGGGCGGACGGAAAGGGAGAAGCGGCCGUUUUCACAUGGGACGGGGCGGGAACCGGAGCCCGCUGCGUGGCAGCAAGAUCAAACCCACGAUCGUGCGUAUCCGUUCCACAACGAACGGCGGCGACCGUGCCGGGCUGGCUGAACUGCGGAGUUCACCACGGUCAAGCGAGGAACAGACCAUGACUAGCAACGGCAUCAUGCGUGUGAGUGAUAUCCAGCGCGAGAUUGAUGGCAUCGUGAAAGACAUUGCCGUGGCCGGCACAGGGCGGUACACUGGUGCGGCCCGCGCCAAUAUCCCCCGUACACCACCUUCACAACCACCGCGAACAUCCCCACGCACACCACCACCGCCACGAACACCGCGCGGGACCUUCCAGCCCCCCCGGACGCCACGAACACCACGCACACCGCGGUCACCACCACGAGGAGCCACAGCAACAACAACUACAACAACAACCCCAAUGGCACCGAUGGUCCGUUCCAGACCAUCCAUGGAAACCAUCACCGUCGGCGCAACCAUGAUCACGCCACUUCCCCCUCGGCCAAGUACCGACGGCGGGGACGCUGUCCGACCCUCACGCACUCCCUCCCAAUCCCAAUCCCAAUCUCAACCUCGCACCCGGUCAAGAUCCGGAUCACAGUCACAACAAUCCCGCCCCGCACUGCUAGCCGAACGGUAUUACAGCGCGAGUAUCUACCCCGAGCAAGGGAUGAUGGACUCGGAUGGGGAUGAUGAUGGUGACGACGUUGAUGACAGGGUGUCGCGGUAUUUGGACCGGCGGUUUGGGGUCGUUACGCCGCGGAGUGGGAGGACUCCGACCGUUAGGGGGUGGGAGGGGAGUGGGAGGCCGUUUUAG